UUGGCGAUUGAUACUUCCUGUUUUAGAGGAAGAAGUACGAUGCGUUGAGUAAAAUAUAUUUAUAUGUAUCAUUUAAAAAUAUUAAAUCGAGACAAGAUUUAUUUCAAAUAUAAUUUACUCUAAUUUAUUAUUUUUUAUUCGAUAAAUAAUUAUAUUAUGGCUGACGAAACGGAACAGGUUCCGGCAAUAAAUGUUAAAGAACCAUUGGAUCUAAUAAGAUUAAGUUUGGAUGAACGAAUUUACGUUAAAAUGAGAAAUGAAAGAGAAUUACGAGGACGUUUACAUGCUUAUGAUCAACAUUUGAAUAUGGUAUUAGGUGAAGCGGAGGAAACUGUAACAACUGUAGAAAUUGACGAAGAAACAUAUGAGGAAGUUUAUCGUACUACCAAAAGGAAUAUAUCUAUGUUAUUUAUUCGUGGUGACGGUGUUAUUUUGGUAUCACCGCCUAGCAUGAGAGCACCCAUGUAAAAGUUAUAUCCAUUAAGGUAUAUUAGAAAUUAGUAUACAAGAAAAAUGAAAGAAUAUGGGAGAGCGUUGAGGAAAGAAGAGAAAAAGAUUUUUUUUUUAUCGAACAAACUUUUUAACAAAAACCAUACGUACUAACUUUUAUAUGCUAAAAUAGAUAUAAAACAUGUACAAAUCAUAAAUUAUAUGAUUGCAUUUAAAAUAUAA